AUGGAGGAAAUGAAAGAGAACAUGAGGAGGACGAAUCCUAUAGAAGAUUUGGUCCACAGAACUGACUCUCCCUUUACGGCUUCCAUCAACAGUUAUCCUCUACCAUCAAAGUUUAAGCUGCCUUCUCUGGAUUCGUAUGAUGGAACGCGUGACCCAUUUGAUCACAUUGCUACUUUCAAGACAAUGAUGCACCUUCAAAGGGUCCCUGAUGAAAUCAUGUGUAGAGCCUUCCCUACCACCCUUAAAGGUCUGGCACGAGUCUGGUUCAGCAAAAUACCCCCAAGUUCUGUAGGUUCUUUCGAAGAGUUGAGCAAGUUGUUUGUUAACAAUUUCAUUGGGGGACAGAGACACAAGCGUUCCUCGUCCAACUUGUUGACCAUAGAGCAAGGGGAGAAUGAGAGUCUGCGGUCAUUCAUCACUCGCUUCAACAGAGAAGCCCUUAGUGUGGACGAGGUAGACGACAAGCUUCUAUUGGCGGCCUUCCAUAAUGGGAUUAAUUCUAAUCUAUUUAUCCACAAGCUAUAUGAGAAGGAGCCUCAAACCAUGGUUGAGCUCGUCCAUUCCGCUCAGAAUUUUAUGAAUACAGAAGAUGCGAUCAUAGCCAAGAAGAGGAAAAGAGCUGAAAGGAUGGGAGCGCACCCAACACGCCACUCAGAACAAGGCCCUCAUCCAAAGAAUGGACGGACGGAAGAUAAGAAGGAAUGA